AUGCAAGAGUUGGAGGCGAGUCUCUUGCUCAAACUAGGAGACAGGAUUAAUGCCCGCAUAGAAGGCCUAGAGCCUCGGCUUAAUCCUGCGCCACUGCUUAGGCCUCCCCUGGCAGCGGACAAGGCGAAGAAAGGAAAGGAGAGGGCGGUAAGAAACCCACCUGUCCUACCGGCGGUUGUCACCCCCGUAGCUCCCGUGGUGACUGCUGCCGUUUCUGGAGCCGAAAAGGACACGAGACGUGGGAAGGAGAAGAAGAAGACGGAUGGACCUUCUCGGCCGCAGAACCCGGAUACUCUGGAGGAGAACUGGGUCACUGUGGUGAAGAAGAAAAAGAAGACGGAAGAUAGGACGCAGGCAAGAACGGGCCCGGCUCCUAAGCCAAAGAAGAGUGCCCAGGCUAAGCCCAAGCCGAAACCGAAGCUUAGGAUGCCUCGGUCGUCAGCUGUAGUGAUCACCCUCACCGAUGAGGGCAGAAGAAGGCCAAGACGGCGAUACGCGCGCGCAAGCUGUGCGACAUCUGCCCUCGGCUCGGGGCUGGGCAAAGGCUUAGCUGAUACCAGCCCCUUGACCGAACAGAGCAGUGGCAGACGGGCUCUUGGAUGGUUUAGUGGGUAG